AUGGGUGCUUCACAAGCUGCUGAAUUCGUGCCGAGUGAACUUUCACCAGAACCUGUCGACGUUGUGGAUCUGUUGAAAUCACUUGACGGCAAGUCAGCAGACGAGAAAGAAAUACUUCUAUUGAUGCUCUUGCAAGCUUGUGUUAAUGAUGAGAAGCGUCAGAUGCUUUACGACGCGAACGGAAUUAAGGUGCUGGUAGACUUGGUCAGGAAUGGCCGCACGUAUUUUACUCAACUGUACGCACUGGAAUGCUUACAUUGGGCGGCAAGCUCAGACGCAAAGGUAGCCCCGUCCGAUGUCAGCGCCCUCCGUGAUUGUGUCAAAGAUGUCCCAUCACAACACCAUUUGUCGGCGGCGGAUGCUUUGCAAAACAGUUCUGAUGACGGAGAUGAAAAAGCAGCGCUACGCUGUGCCUGCAUCGCAGCGAAGGGAAACAACGAUGAUUUUCGAGAUGCUGAAGCAGUCGAAAGUGGCCAAGAAACCCAAAAGUUGUGGUUUGGUUUGGUCCCGUCACUAGCAACACUCUUGCAAAACGGCAACGACACUCAGAAGAUGUGGACAGCGAAAGCGAUGGGCAAUCUCGCUCUGAACAACGAAGAUAUUCGAAGCGAGAUCGCGCGGAAAGAUGCAAUUCGAUACCUCGUCGCACUUGUUCAAGUCGGAACGCCAGAGCAAAAGCAUCGAGCAGCGUAUGCGCUUGGAAACCUUGCACUUAGCAAAGAAGCUCACAAUAUGAUCAUGCGGAAAGGGGCUAUUACGCCACUCUUGACACUGAUGCGCACAGGGAGCCCCCAACAAAAGAAUGGCGCAGGGUGCGCGCUUGGAACCAUUACGCGCUCCAGCUACACCAACCUUUCGGCCAUUGCGCACGAGACAUCAGUCGCGUCACUCGUCUCAAUUUUGCUUGUCGGGACUGACGAACAAAAAGAGAGUGCUGUGAAUGUACUGGCCGAUUUUGUGAAAAAUGAGAAGCAGUGUGCAGAGAUUGCAAGUCAAGGAGCUAUCUCUCCACUCGUCGCCCUGCUUCAAACCGGAACUACCGGACAGAAACAAAGAGCUGCUGCGGUUCUAGCUGGACUCGCGAAACGUAAGGAACAUUGCGAGGAGAUUGAACGCGAAGGGAGUCUCGCUUGGCACAAUGAUCCAAAUUGUCUUGACAUCGCUGGAGCAGGGGGUAUUGUACCUUUGGUGGCUCUUCUAGCCAGAGGUACCGGAUGA